AUGACAGCUGUCAGGGGCGUCGCCGUGGCUUUAGCCGAUGUGGGGGCGGGGGGAUUCUGGUUGUAUUCGGCUCAGAUCCGGGUUACCGGUAAAAAGCCAGCAACGUUGGGUGUGCUGGAGUAUGCUAUGAUUGGCAUCGCUGCCAUCUGCAUCAUGAUGACGUUCCCUUUUUCCAUCGUCCCAUGCAUCAAGGUUGUUCAAGAAUAUGAACGUGCAGUCAUUUUCCGAUUUGGACGCAUUGUGCAUGCAAAACCCAAAGGACCAGGUAUUUUCUUCUUUCUGCCCUGGAUAGACAAUGUAGUGCGUGUGGACAUAAGGACAGUCUCUUUUGACAUCCCACCACAAGAGAUUUUGACUAAGGACUCUGUGAGUGUGUGCGUGGAUGGAGCGGUGUAUUACUGCGUGGUCUGUCCCAUCUCCUCUGUGACCAAUGUCACAGACGCCGAAGCAGCGACACAGCUCCUGGCUCAGACCACCCUAAGGAACACACUGGGCACGCUCAGCCUCUCGGACCUGCUGGCUGACAGAGUCGGCAUCUCACAUGCCAUGCAGACAUCUCUUGACGAGGCCACGGACCCCUGGGGGAUUAAGGUGGAGCGCGUGGAGAUCAAGGACGUGAAGCUUCCCCAUCAGCUGCAGAGGGCCAUGGCUGCAGAGGCGGAGGCAGCACGAGAGGCCAGAGCUAAGGUGAUUGCUGCUGAGGGGGAGAUGAAUGCGUCUCGUGCCCUGAAGGAAGCAUCUCUCAUCAUAGCGGAGUCUCCGUCAGCUCUGCAGCUGCGUUACCUGCAGACCCUCAACAGCAUCGCUGCAGAGAAGAACUCCACCAUCAUCUUCCCCCUGCCCAUCGACAUGAUGCAGGGCUUUGCCCGAAAGAUCACAUAG